AUGCUCCGUGACCGCGCCGUGUGUGGCAUAGACAACGUCGAUGUCCAGACAAGACUUCUGAAAAAACUGGACCUCACAUUCGACGACGCUGUGCAGACCGCCCUGGCAAUGAAAGCAGCAAAAAAAGGACGCAGGACGCCGCUAGCACCUCCGCCUUUCACCGUCACUGUUGACGUUUGCGGCAAGCCGCUUCGCAUGGAAGUGGACACGGGAGCAAGCGUCUUUAUCAUGGCCAAGUCGCGCCUUCUUCAGCUUUUGCCUUCGGUUCCUGUGCAGCCGUCACAAGUACUUCUGCAAAGCUAUUCCGGGGAACUAAAAAAGGUUCAGGGCAAAGCCGACGUCAGCGUGAAGCUUCAUGGCAGGGAGGCCGACCUACCUAUUUUUCUGACCAGAAAUGGAUCGCCCACUCUUCUUGGACGCAACUGGAUGCGUGAGCUGGGCAUCAGCAUCUCCGACCUUGAUGUGAACAUCCACGCACUUUCCGACAUCAAACACCUAGUCCAAGAUUACGCCGAAGUGUUUGAAGAAGGCCUGGGUACAUUCAAGGGUGCUAAAGCUUCUCUACAUGUUCGUUCAGAUGCUCCGCCUCGGUUCUUCAAGCCACAUCCACUGCCGUAUGCCUUGACAGAUGGAGUAACUCAAGAAAUCCAUAGACUGAGAAUAGAUUCCAUUCUUGUUUCAGUCAAAACAGCAAAGUGGGCUGCACUUAUUGUUCCUGUGACCAAAAGGGAUCGACGCAUCAGAAUCUGUGGAGACUUUGGUGACACCAUAAACUCAGUGGCAACAGUGGAGCAGUACCCCAUUACAAGGAUCGAGGACCUGUGGACUGUGCUUGAAGGAGAUGAGAAAUUCACAAAAUUGAAUUUGCGAGAUGCGUACCAGCAAGUUGUCCUUAACGAGGCCUCUAGGAAGUACGUCACCAUUUCGACGCAUAUGAAGUUAUUUCAAUACACCAGGUUGCCUUUUGGCGUCUCAUCUGCUCCUGUCAUAUUUCAGCGCGAGAUGGAGAACUUGUUCAAGGGACUGGCACAUGUGCCAGUCUAUUUCGACGACAUUCUUGUGACUGGCGAAAAUGAUGCUGAGCACCUUCUCAACCUUCGUGCUGUGCUUAGCAAACUUCAGGAAUCUGCCCUCAUGUUGAAACUUGAAAAAAAUGCAACUUCUUCGUGCCACAAGUUGACUGAACAAGUUGUACAAACUGUGAAGAACAAAUUCAAGAAGUCUGGUUCUGGGAACUUCCAAAGGCACAUCUCCAGGUUUCUAUUCCACUAUAGGACCACGCCACAUGAAGUGACAGGUCGGCCACCGUGUGAACUCUUGACGGGAAGAAUGUUCAAGACUCCGUUGGAUGUCCUCAGACCAAGCCUGCAGGCAUCUGUAUUUCUAAAUCAACUCAAGCAGAAGUUGUAUGCUGACAGAGGGUCCGGGCAGGCUCCAUCACUGCAGCCAGGUGAUGAUGUGUACGUGCGAAACUUUCGCAGGGGCACACCCUGGGUGCCUGCCAGUGUCGUGGACGGCACUCCAUCAUCAGCCAGUGCCCGUUUUGAAGAUGGCACCUUGAGAAACUGA